GCACAACAGGACGAGCCGCACGUCAAGCCGCGACAGCAAACACUAGCCUCCUCCAAGACAAUCUUUUCUCUUAGGUGGUAGGUCUUGUCAUUUUACUCAUACGCCCGAUCACACAAAGAACGAACGACCGAACGAACCACUCCUCAAAUUCAGAACCUUGGUAUUGCUUCCAUCUCUACUACAGCAUUCGCAGCCCUAGCACCCACUACAUUUCCUCCAUCUCGACUUCAUCCAGCAUGUCCACUCCAACUCCAAGCAACGAUCCUUCCAAGUCCGGCCUCUCCACUCCAAAGAAGGAGACGGCGGAGCAACCUCCCUCUCCCACCUCUGGAGCCGACGCAACCACCCCAACCGCCAGCGCCGCCCACGCGCCCACACCCGCAACCGACCCCGAUGCCACGCCCAAGAAGGCCCAAUCCUACCGCGUCGAUCCAUCUAGCACUCCGAGCGCCAAACACGGCUCCAUCGCCGCCUGGGGGAGCACCUCUGGAAAACUCUACCUCUCCAGUCCGCGCCUCAACGACCCGAAAUCGCUGAGCGGCCUCUCGGAGUAUUUCCUCGGCUGGGGCCUGGCGAAGAAGACCACCGAGCAAGGAGAUGCGGAGAAGGCGGAGAAAGUGGAGGACGGCGCCGGUGAGGAAAAGUCAGGCGAAGUCGACUGA